CCGCCCUUAGCACUAACAACUGGGUUUUUUCGGCCUUAACAUACCUCACCACUUCCAUAUAGUCUUUAUUUAGUCACCAGUCUCUCUCAGAAGCCUCCGACAUGUUGAAGCAUUCAAUUCUUUUCAGCGUCAUCGCCGGCGCUACUGUCAUCGCGAGGCCUGUUAUGGCCCUUACGAUGCCCUCCGUGGGCGAGUCAGAGAAAGCAGCUGAAGACGUCCAGAGAAGAGCAGAAACCGGCGUGGACAUGCAGGACGCCUGUGGUCGCGAGUAUGGAUCUGACUGGAACGCUAUUCAGAACGGGAGUGGGUGCAACGACUGGGCGUGUGUCAGCACCACGACCAGGCAGCAGCUUGGUCUCAACAUAGACUUGUAUUGCUAUGAGAAAGUCGGAGUCAGGUCAUAUGCCUCUUGCAAUUCUGGCGCUUGGAGCUGGAAAUGCAAGACUUAUUGAUCAACACGUCAAGGUUGGUGGGUCUGGUGUUGGGGAGGAGGCCUGAGCAAGUGCUUUUGCACAUUCAAUGGGUAAAUGUCAUUAGGUAUGCGAGCUACCUUGUAGAGAUCAGAUAGAAAUUGAAGUCGGACAGUCAAAAAGCCGUUUGCUAAAUGUUCCCAACUAAUGGCUGGCCCACUCAUGGUCGACCUGAAAGCGUCGUAGUGGCUCAUA